UAAAAAGUUCAGAAGUCGCUAAAAGUUAACCAACUUCUUCCUACUCCUCUGGGUGCCUCCAGAUACGCGCCUUUUUCACGGCAUCGGACUUCCAGAAGGCUGAGACCUGAAGUUCUGGACAUGGUGCCAGUUCCAGCAAAGCGCGUGCAGAGCGCCCCUCAAGGCGACAUGAGUGUUCCUAAGAAAGCCCUGUUUGACGACUCUGCAUCCAGCAGCGAAGACGAUCAGGAGGACGGUGGUGCUACGCUGGGUCCCUCGGCCGAGCUUAAGAUCAACCAAGAGUACGCCCGCCGGUUUGAACACAACAAAAAACGGGAGGAGCUUCACAGGCUACAGGAGAAGUACAAGACGGCUUCCGGAGGAGACGAGGAGUCCGAGUCAUCUUCCGAGGAGGAGACCGAGGACGAUGAGGCCGCGCUUAUAACCGAAGACCUGGACGCCGAGAUCUCGGCGACCCUGCAGGCCAUCAAGAACAAGGACCCCAGGAUCUACGACAAGAAUGCCGUCUUCUACAAGCCCUUUGACCCGACCGCCGAGCCAAAGAAGAAGGAGGAAAAGCCCAUGUUCCUGCGCGACUACCACCGUGAGCGGUAUUUGAGCGGCGAUGUUGGCGCUGACGAUGACAGUGCUGCUGCCGCCGACGUUCCAAGGACGUAUGCGCAGGAGCAAGACGACAUCAAGAAGUCCAUAUUGUCCGAGAUCAACGCAGCCGCGGACGAGGAGGAGUGGAGCGACGACGAUGCCUUCAUCAAGCCCGUCAAGAAGGACGAUGCUCCCGCACAGAACGGCAUCCACCCGUCGCGAGCGUCCCACAUCACCCUAACCGAGCUCGACGUCGCCAAUGCCGACAAGGACCCAGAGGACUUUCUGAACAAGUUCAUGGCGUCCAAGGCUUGGGCGCCAGAGGGGGCUGGCUCGAAGUGGCAAGCAUUCGAAUCCGAUGACGGCGAAGACGCGGACGACAUAGCUGACGAGUUCGAGCAUGCCUACAAUAUGCGAUUCGAGGACCCAGCCAAGAGCAACGAGUUCCUGAAGACGUACUCGAGGAACAUGGCCGCGGCCCGCUCCGCGAGAAAGGAGGAGCUGACCGGCAGGAAAAAACAGAGAGCGCUUGAGAAGGAGCGGAAGGAAGCCGAGAAGAAGGAGCGUGAGGCGGAACGGGCUCGGUUGCGCCGUCUCAAAAUUGAGGAAGCUUCGGAAAAGUUGGCCAAGAUCAAGCAGGCCGCCGGCAUGAGCGGCAAGACUCUCAAGGACGAGGAGUGGCUAAAAUUCCUAGAAGACGCCUGGGACGACGACAAGUGGGAGGAGGAGAUGAAGAAGCGCUUCAACGACGAAUACUAUGCGCAGGUUGACGACAUGUCUAUGGACGAGGACCAGGAGGACGACGUGUCCGGGGCCAACAACAAGAAGACGAAAAAGCCAAAGAAGCCCAAGUGGGACGACGAUAUUGACAUCAAAGACAUCAUUCCCGACUUCGACGACGAGGUCAAGCCCAACAUCACCCUCUCCGAUGAGGAGGUUGCCCAAGAACAUCAAGCCUCUGAGCAACAAGAAGAAGAGCCCUCCGACACGGACUCGGACUCGCCCCCGGCCAAGAAGCGCAAAACCACGGCCGACCUCAAAAAGGACCGCCUGGCCGCCAAGCGCCAAGCCCGCGUCGAACUAGCCAAGAUCGAGGCCUUGGUCGACAGAAAGAUAGAACUUGAAAACCCUCGCGCCCUCCAAUCCAGUUCCAAGUCCAGCACCGCCGGCGGCGGCUUCCGCUACCGCGAGACGUCGCCCAACUCGUUCGGCCUCACGGCGCGCGACAUCCUGCUCGCGCCCUCGGACGCCGCCCUCAACGAGUUUGCGGGCCUCAAGAAGCUGGCCACCUUCCGCGACGCCGAGAAGAAGCGCAAGGACAAGAAGCGGUUGGGCAAGAAGGCCCGGCUGCGGCAGUGGCGGCGCGAGACGUUUGGCCGCGAGUACGAGCAGUCCGGCCCGACAUUUGGGUUUGAGGCGCUCCUUGGCGACGGUGGAGACGUCAAGGCGGGUGGGGUAACGAGUGGAAGUGGGAGAAAUGGGGAUGGGAAGAAUCCUAGCAGGGUGCCUGUGCCUGUGGUGGCUGGCGGGGAAGGUGGGAUUGUGGAGGGGGAGAGGAAGAAGAAGAGGAAGCGGUCUAAGAAGGGCAAGAAGAGUGUUGAGGCGGAGGCGUAGGUUCGGCGUACUUGUCUAGAUGUUGGUUAUAGUGGGGGCCUUGUACUGGUUAUUCAUGCCUUGAUCUUGAGGAGAAGAGAAUUCUCGAUGCGUGUAGGUUUUGACUUCCGGGAUGUAUGUUGCUGUCUGCCGACCUCCCGACUGCUCUCCUUGCUCAGUUACUCGUUUCUCAAACCCGACCACCGAUCCAAAACAUGUCAAUCAGUCACCCAUUCACCCGGUCUAGGUCAGUGGCUUUGGUUUGAACCGAAUCCAUUCGAUCGUUCUCUCGCUC